GAUGGAUCGGAAUUGAGGGGCGAAGUUGGACGCGAUGCGUUUGGAACAUUCGUCCGUGGGAUGGGACUUUGGGAGGGAUGGUCAUGGCAGCGGCGUGAAUGGGUGAUUAGGUGCCAGCGUGUGGCGACUGCGCUGCGCUGCGACUUGAAAUCCUGUCGUCGACCGCUGUUCUGCUGACCUUUCCUCUUUACCGCCUUGGCAGCCGACGACGAGGACCAUGCGCGUCUGUCGAGCGGCGGGAGAGGAGGUCACCGCUGGAGCCGAGGAGGCGGAGGCGGAGGCGGCGUGCCCGAUCCAGCUCCUCCCACAGGACGCGCUCCACAACGUGCUCGGCCGCCUGCCUCUCCACCAGGCUCUCGCCUGCCGGCCCGUCUCUCGCCUCUUCCUCGACGCCCUCUCCUCACCUCCCUUCCUCUCCUCCCUCCCCUCGCUACGACUCCUCGCGCUCCGUCACCCGCGCGCGGCCUCCGCGCCGCACCCUUCGCUCCACGCCUUUGACCCCGACCUUCGCCGCUGGCUCCGGCUCCCGCUCUCCUUCCUGCCCUUCCCCUCGGCCUCUCCCGUCACCGCCUCCCCCUCUCUUCUCUACCUCUGGGUCGACACCGCCGCCCCCUUUCCCCCCGCCGCCGAUGCCUCCGCCAAGAGUCAAACCAAGUCGCUCGUUGUUUGCAACCCCCUAAGCGGAUCCUACCGUCUUCUUCCCCCGCUUGGCUCCGCCUGGUCUCGCCAUGGAACCGUGAUCGCGGGACCUGGUGGAUCCGUCGUCAUCGUCACCGAACUCGCGGCACUGUCCUAUGCGCCUAGCCCGGAUCGAUGGCUCAAGUUUCCACUCAGCCUUCCUUCCAAACCCCGGAGCCCGAUUAUGAUGUCGGGUUCCGUCUUUGCCCUCUGCGACGUCGGCGCCCCCUGGAGGAGCCAGUGGAAGCUCUUCUAUUGUAGCCUCGCAGACCUCGGCAGAGCCCACGGCUGGGCUCCGAUUGAGCGGCACGAGUGGGGGGACGUGUUCGACAUCUUCAAGCGGCCACGGCUACUUGCGGGGGCAGGUGGUCGCCAGCUUCUGAUGAUCGGAGGCCUGAGAUCGUCCUUCGUGCUGGACGCGCCGUGCUCGACGGUGCUGAUCCUCCGGUUGGACCUGGACACCAUGGAGUGGGAUGAAGCAGGGAGGAUGCCGUUGGAGAUGUACCGGUGCUUUGGAGGCGGCUUCUCCAGUCCUUUGGAAGUGGUGGCUGCUGCUGCAGCUGGUGCCAAUAACAAGGUGAAGGUUUUUGGUGGAGAUGGCAAGGUGUGGUUUUCUGGGAAGAGAGUAAGAGGAAAGCUGGCAAUGUGGGAAGAAGGUGCAGGAAAGAGUGACGGGGGUCUGUGGAGUUGGGUUGAUGGUAUCCCAGGUUACCCCGAAGGUAUGUACAGGGGUUUUCUCUUUGAUGCUGGAUUCACCUCAACACCGUGAACGAGUGGAAGAGAUUGGGCUCAAAUUGGCAAGAUCUGACUCCCAUACCUUUCUCUUCCUUCACGUUUCAUGCUUCUAACAAAUAGCACCAAGGAGUAAGCAUUAUGCACUGAAGAACAUAUAAUCAUCAUAUCCAUGAGGAGCUGUUGAUAGAGAAACGUGCAGUGAUGUCUUUGGACCUGUGCACUUGAAAUUCCUGUGUAUCUUUGAUUGCUUGAUCCUCGUCUCGAUUUGUUUGGCAAUUUCAACAUGUAAGAGUGACCACUGCCAUUAUUUGGUCAGCUUAGAAUAGUCGUAUGAUUUAUAUUUCCGCAGCCAACAUAUUUUGAAUGUGUGUCAUGUAUCAGUUCUGUAAUAAUAUCUUACAAAAUGCUGAAUAUAAAGUUGUAUGCUUUUUAUUUUU